AUGGAGAACGGCAUCCAGAAUGGCCUGCCCACCAACCACGACAGAGACGCAGGCGGCGCUGUGAAUGGGAGUGCCAGCUUCGUCUCGCAAGCCUCUUCCUCGAACCAGCCGAAUGGGGUCCCGGGCGACCAACCCCUGGGAGCUGCCACGGGCAAAGACAUGGUGGUGAAUGGAGCGCCAGGGGAAGUCGGCCGCGCCUCGCCAUCGUCGCGCAUGAACGACCUUCCCGACGAAAUCCAGCACAUCACCACUGGCUAUGUGCCCCUCGGCCUGCUCAUCUCACGACUGGCACAGAGAACCCACAAUCAGCUUCAGGCCAAGAUCCUCGAACUUGCCAAGAUGCAGGUUCCAGCUCCGGCUCUGAACGGCAACUCGGCGCACUCCGGCGGCCCUCCUGACGACAUGACGCCUGAAAAUGUGGCCAAGAAGAAGACGCUGCUCGACUUCAUUCAGGACAUGCACAGCAGAUGGACAAAGGCUUUGGUCAUUGCCGCCUGGAGCCGGAAAGCGUCGACUGUCAGCAAGCUGAUCGAUUUGAUGCACUAUUUCAACAUGCAGCGCAAGGCCUACGCCGAUGGGUUUGACUACAUGAUCAACAUCAAACGGGACCUGGCUUUCGCAAGGCUGCCCAAUCCCGACCUACACACGGCGCUCCAGGUGCUUUCUACUGGUGAUUCUUCGUGGUUGCCCGACUUCGGUUAUAUCGAGCCGCCUCCCCUAUCAGCCGAGGAGCAGCUCAAGUGGAUUGACGAGCUCAACACCCUUCUGUCCCUCCGCCUGAACCUGGAGGACCACGACAAGAUACCACAUCAGUUCCGAGACUACACCAUCGAUUCUGGCCGUGUGACUUUCACGGUAGAAGGAGAGUUCGAGGUCGACCUCACGAUAGCCGAUGAAGACUUCGAGAAGCAGUUUUGGUUUCUGGACUUCCGCUUCUCCUUCUCACCCGCGCCUGCUGAACUCACGGAGACGCUUCGCAUGUUUCUCGAGGUUCGCGUGAACGAGGCGCUCGAGAAGGAAGGAUUACAAGGCUGCUUCAACUUUCUUCACGAAUUUGUCUUGACCCACAAGAUCACGGAAUACGUCAGACAAGCGCAUGAACUCGCAAGGGCAGGCUGGGUUGACACCCUGAAGAUCGAGCGACUUAACCGCAGCAUGGCUAUUCAGUAUUGGACAAAUCGAUACCCGCCUGAAAGUCCCAAGAGUUGGUUCUUGAUCGGCGUCCACAGUGGCAAGAAACCUGGUGCUGUUGCUGAUCCUCGGUCGGCGAGCCGCCUCAUGAUAAGAUGCUUCAGGGAUGGCAAGGAAGUCAAAUACACCGAUCUCGCAAUCGACGAUGCCACGGUUUCUACUGAGACCUUGCUCAAGCAGGUGAUCGCGCGACACAUUGAGUACAUGCUCUCGACCAUCCAUGGGAAACUUCAAUCCAAGGGCCGCUUCCUCAGGCGCGAGGCAGCUCUUAGCUUAGAGGUCUCACGAGAUGAGCCAGUAGAAUCAGCGCUCAAGAUGCAGUUGGGACAUAGCGACUAUGUCACCGUGCGGGUUGCGCCAACCACUGGGUUUUUUGCCAUGUCACCACAGAGAAUGCCGAUGUAUCAACUGGAGGCCAGACUCAACAGUCAACCAAAGGACCCGACAGAGGAGGGGCUCACUGCACUGGAAGGCGUGAGGUUUUACCACACGAGGGAAGAAAUAAACCGGCGCGGAAGAAGCAUGGGCUGGGGUGCUGUCCCUAAUAAGCCUCCGGUCAGGAUAGAAGAGCUGAAACCAGUACUACGUACAAAGGAGCCCUUCCAGCUCCUGUGGUUCAAGCGGCGAGGAUGGCCAGCCAACUGGUUCCUCAUGGUGAGUCUGAGUCUGGCUGGGGAUACCUGGUGGUUGAUCGAGGUUUCGAAGACUGCCGUCGCAUCUCGAAUAACAAACCACGCACGACUACCACUCAGCUCAGGAACACCGGAGUUUACUGAUACAUUCUUCGCGAACCUCACCAUCUUUAGCGCGGCUAUGAUCUCUCAAGUCACUGACGUGAAGACACUGUAUCAACGCCAUGUCAAGUACGCUAUGACCGACAGCAUGAACUACUCAUUGCCUCCUAAUAUGAGGCUCCCCGCUGUUUGGAUGUGCCUUUCAGACGUCCUGGGUGAACGAAACCCUGCUGGAGCCAGGAAAGUUGCUUCCUGGACGACGGACUAUGUGCAGAUUGUAUUCAGGGGCAUUGCCAAGCCGUCCCGGGCGAAUGCAAUCGCGCGCUCGACCAAGGACACUCCUGGUACUUCUGAAAAUGACACAAAGGACAACCGUCUCACUAUCAUAGCAGAUGCCCGCUUCAAGGUCGCAGAUCGCUCCAAGUUUAGCCUCCUCAAAGGCAAUGUCGAACAGGAUGUUGCGUUUAACUCACGCCUCGGCGUCUUUGCUCUACGACUGAAGGCAGAGCUUGGCCAGACGAUGCUCGACGACUUAGCAAGCCGCAUCCAGGCAAUCGAGAGACUGGUUGAUUGUGUGGACGCUAUCAGACGCAGCAACACCGACAUCAAGUGCGAGACCAUCACCCUCGCUCAAGUCGUUUUCACAUAUAGUGACGCUAUAGGGCGUACUGCCAGCUCAACCGCAGAGGCCAAUAUCAAGCGCUGGAAAGCAUCCUUGGAUUUGCGGGCCGAUCGGAUCAAGAUGUCUCUUGAGAAGGGGAACCCGCACCUCCGAGCUCUCGACAGCUUCAACAACCUGCUCAACUCAGAUCUUGGCUUCACCAAAGUUCCACAAUACCUGGGGUUUACUCUUCCCGUCCUCAAAGCCUUGGACCAUAUAGAAGACUCGUGGCAAGAUCUUGAAACAAUGGAACAAGGUCGCGUGGAGAUAUUCCACGGCCAUCUGGACUGGUUCACCAUCAGAUACGCGGUACCAGCCUUGGCGAAGGGUCCUCCAAGGCGGUUUCACAUAUCCGUAAAACUUCGCGAUCGACGCGGCACUCUGUGGUGGCAUGUUGCCAGGAAUGAGCCGGGGUCCAACGCCAACCCCGAUGACAACCUUAAGGCGGCUCUGGCCAAGGUAUGGAGCAAGGAGGGCAAGACAUGGCAAAGCCUUGGGGAUAGCGCAAGUUGCGAGGCCAACGACAACGUUAUCACUUUGCUGCAAGAUGUCGACGAAGCUAUGAGGCAAUUCGUACUUCAGCCUCCUUCACCAUCUGUGUCCAAGCAACCGCCGACAAAACCUCUGCCGAAGGCGAAUCAGCAGCCGACGUCGAAGGUGAACAACCAAAAAAUGAUGCAUGGACAGGCCAAUAAGCCACGCCAGCCACAGCAAGAUGUCAAGAACCUGGUGGUUCUUGAUGAUUAG